AUGGCGCCUGCAUCGUCGCUCGUUAACAAGCUCAAAGUGCAGCUCAAGCUCAGUAUCGCGCGGCUACGUAUGGUGCAGCAGAAAGAUGCAGCAGUAGCAAAGCAACAACGACGAGAGAUGGCGCAGCUGCUUGAACAAGGCAAGAUAGAGAGCGCACGCAUACGAGUCGAGAACAUCAUCCGAUCCGAUCUGAAUACAGAACUCCUCGAAAUCAUCGAACUAUACUGCGAGCUGCUCACAGCACGAGCCGGACUGCUGGAGGCAAAAGAAUGCGACGAGGGGCUAGAAGAGGCUGUGAAGAGUAUCAUCUACUCUGCGCCGAAGAUAGAGGGUGUGAAGGAGCUGAGCAUAGUGCGGCAGCUUUUUGCAGAAAAAUAUGGGAAGGAGUUCACGUUGCAGGCUGUGGAGAACACUGAUGGGAAAGUGCCGGAGAGAGUGACGAGCAGGCUUGCGGUGAAGCCGCCGAAGAAAGAGCUGGUAGAGGCAUAUCUUGAGACUAUUGCGGAUGCAUACGGCGUGGACUACCCGCCGGGCAUGAAAGCGAGGAGAGCGGCUGAGGCAGCUGCGGCGCAGGAAGAGGAUGAAGAGGACGACGAUGAUGACAAUCCCUCGGGUGGACAGAAAGUGCCAGCUUUGGAGGCGCCGUUGGAAGCAGACGAGUUGAGCAAAGCAACACCUCCGAGGGACAUAGGACCGAAAAGUCCAGUCUCUGUUGUCCCACCUUCGCCGAGGACCGAUAACGUGCGGCCGAAGGUGAACUUGCCAGGAACGCCAGAUGGCACACUAUCGAAGAAGGUAGCGGCUCCGAAGCCCAAAGAUACAAAUGGAGCGAAGAAGGCAGAUAACGGUCCAGGCGGCAAGAUUCCUGAUGUCGAUGAGCUCCAAAAGCGAUUUGCCCAGCUCAAGCGAUGA